AUGCCGGAGUAUGAAUGCCUUCCGCCACAUGAUCCGAAUGCGGAUGGCGCCCGCUCCUCGCAGGCGGCAGGUGAUGGUGAGAGCUUGCGGACCCAGCCGCAGCCGCGACAGCAAUGGUUGAGCUCCUUGUGGCCCUUCUCCCGGGAGAGCCGGGCAAGCGAGACACAGGCUCAUCGGGGCGCCAUGCUCGGCCUUCGUCAGGGAGAUCUCCGGUGGAUGCCCGACGAGAAGUGCACCAAGUGCUUCGCCUGUGGUGAACCUUUCAGUGCAUGGAGAAGACGCCACCACUGCAGGUUAUGCGGCCAAAUCUUUUGUUACAGCUGCUCCAACAACUUCAUUCCUGGCAAGCUCGUUGGACGCCCCACGGAGGGCAAGUCUCGACUUUGCGAGUCCUGCUUGGAGUUCUGCGACGAAAGCCUGAUCAUCCAGCGAAGCAGCGCUGCUUCGGCUGGCCUCGUUGCAGGCAUGCAGCUGUUCCGGCGUGAAAACCGUGCAUCGACAGAGGAUGAGGACACCGUCGAGCAGGAGGACGUGGACGAUCAGCCCUCUGUGUCAGAUGGGGAGGACAUGCCACAUAUAUCCGAGAACCUUGAAAGCCUUAGCUACUCCGUCUACAAUCCGGACUCUGAGGUCACAACACGGGGCGUGUGGUACUGGGGGGACGAGCCCAACUCCCGUGGGCAGAGGGCGCCUGCCAAUCACCGGGCAGAGGUUGGCCUGCCGGAAGAGUCCAUCGAGCAUCUGAACCAGUCCUGGGAAGGACUCGAUCCUGAGGAUCUCGAAGGCCUUGCUGCUGGCCAGCGUGACGCGCAAGUCACAGAGUGGCGAAACAUGGCUGAGGCCAACUUCCGCCACUUUGUGACGUCCGUGCGCGAGUACUGUCUGGAGGCAGGGGAGGGCCUCGAGGAUCAGGAGCACAUGCUCACCAUUUGCAAGCUGGCACAGCAGGUGGUGAAGCAGCUCCGAUUGGGUCCUUCGGACAGCAUGGACAUCCUGAAUUACUUGAAAAUCAAGAAGAUUCCAGGCGGACAUAUCCGAGACUCGAGGUGCCACGAUGGUGUCGUUUUCUCCGGGGACGUCGUGCACCAGAAGAUGAUUACAGAUAUUGCAGACUGCCCGCUGACCCUCAUACAGCUGCCAUUGACCUUUGACUACUUCAACAUGAAAACGGACCUCGAUGCCCUCCGCGAGCAGGAGCGGAUUUAUCUGGACCUGAAGGUGGAGAAGAUUGUCAAAGAUGUGCAACCGGAGAGCCCAAAGCUUCUGCUUUGUCAAGCCGUGGUGUCCCAGCUCGCGCAGGAGAAGCUUCGUAACCAAGGCAUUACCGUGAUCAUCGGCGUGCCCGAGAAAAUUCUGAAUGCUGUUGCCCGGACCGCAGGCUGCAAAGUCGUUCCAGCGGUGGACUCCAUUCGACGGACAGGUGAUGCAAUCGGAGGAAAGGCGCGUCACUUCUACGUGGCGCGCAUCGGCCACCCAGGAGAGGCUGGAGCUAAGCCCCUGACGGUGAUCGAAGGCUCCAAGAAGGGGAAGUUCAGCACCAUCGUUCUCCGGGGUGGCGGGCAUCACCCCGACGCGCCACAUUUCCUUGCAAAGGCGAAGAAGGUUCUGCGCUGGGCUGUGCGCCUGGCUCGGCACUUGCAGCUGGAGAGUGAACUUCUCUUUGAAAUGUGGUGCAGCCGAUGGAAGCGAGAGGUCAGCCAUGCGAGAGAAGGCGGUCAGCCAGAGUUUGAGAAUCUCGACAUCUUGUACUACAGUGUCAACCGGGACAAGAGUUGCUCGGCUCUCUUCCGCUGCCGCUUUCCGCCCUACCACAGCCAGGACGAAGAGGCUUCGAGCACCGAACGUGAGAUUGUCACAAUGCGCGACUGCACCGUCCGCGAAUGGCUGGAGUCGUGCCUGAAGCGACCUCAGGCACAGACCCCCGCACCUUCUGCGACAGCGGCCCUCUCCACUGAGGAUGCUGUCCUGACGGCAAACAUGCACACCAUCGGGAACUCCUUUCGCGAGGGUGACUUGUCAAUGCUUGUCUUCGUCGGGGUGGUUAGAAUCAGAGGGUGUUGCUGUCUACGGAGAAGAGAGUUUCGACAUGGCUUGCUCAAGAAUUGGACAGCAUUGUGUUUCAGAGAUCUGUUGUGA